ACGCAAAAUGAGAGAGAGAGAGAGAGAGAGAGAGAGAGAGAGAGAGAGCUUCAGUGUGAAGCUGAGUGAUAAUUCAAUUCCAUUCCCACAAACAAUCACUUGUCUCUAUCUCUUUUUUCACUCUGCCCUUUUUGCGCUCUCCUCUCUCCUCGCUCUGUUAUGAGUUGUACUCAUUAACGCCACUGAAAUUACUGAUAUGCCCUCCCGCCACCUCCUGUCUCCGACGCCGGGCCCGGCGUCGCACCACCGGACCAAUCACCUCAUCCCACCUCUGGCCGGCGGGUUAACUGCGGGGUUUUCUUGUUUACUCUUGCUGGUCCUUUGCUUCCGUAAAAUCAGCAAGAAACGUACCGCGCCUUCCGCCUCCGACACCGACUCCAAGAAACCCCCCCAUCGGCUCUCCUACUCCCUACUCCGCCGCGCUACCUCUAAUUUCUCCCCUUCUCUUCGACUCGGCCAAGGGGGGUUCGGCUCCGUCUAUCGUGCUGAGUUGAAGCCCGGCCGUGACGUAUCCAAAGACUCGAUUUUUACCUCCUCCCAUGUUGCUGUCAAGCUUAUGGAUUCGGGGUCUUUGCAGGGUGAGCGUGAGUUUCAAAAUGAGCUGCUCUUUUCCUCAAAGAUUGACUGUAAGUAUAUUGUUUCUGUUAUGGGUUUUUCAUCGAACCCCAGGAAGCGCCGGAUGCUUUUGAUUUAUGAGCUUAUGGAAAACGGUAGCUUGCAAGAUUGUCUUUUUCAUAAAAAAAGUGAAGAGUUAAGGAAUUGGGAUAAGAGGUUCUCGAUUGCUCUUAACAUAGCCAGAGGGUUGGAAUACUUGCAUCAUUAUUGCGAUCCGCCAAUUAUUCAUGGUGAUAUUAAGCCGAGUAAUAUUUUGUUGGAUGGGGGUUUUAAUGCUAAGAUCGGUGAUUUUGGGUUGGCGAGGUUUAAGGUGGAGGAUAAUAAUAUUGUGGAAGGUGAGGUGAAAAAGGAGGGCAGUUUGGGGAACGGGGUGGAGGAUAAUGGAUCUGUGGUGGAGACAGAAAGUGUGAUUACGACGAGUGGGUUUGAGGAAGCUAAUAAUGUCCAUCAGCUUGGGGGUCUUGAGAUGUCACCGGAGAGUGUGGUUGUUAGGGUUGAGGCUUCACCGGACACUGUGGUGGGGGUGGAGUUAUCACCAGAGGCAGAGGCAGCUCCGGUGGUGUCACCAAGAACUGUGGCGGCAAUGGCUUCCCCAUCUGAUGGUUUGGAGAAGGCAAGUGUCUCAGAGGGGAACUUUGAUAGGUUGAGCAUGGAGAGUACGGGAGAUAAGAGUGGGUCGAAGAAGAAGAAGAAGAGUGUUUCAGGCAAAGAUUGGUGGUGGAAGCAAGAUACCUCGGUAGAUGCGGAAUCAGGCACUGUUAAAGAUUAUGUGAUGGAAUGGAUUGGGAAUGAGAUCAAGAAGGAGAGACCAAAAAGUGACUGGAUUGGUGCUUCUUCAAGCUCUCGGAUGGUGAGGAAAAUGGAGAAGAAGAAGAAAAAAAGAAGGCAGUUAGAUUGGUGGGUAUCACUGGAUGAUGAAAAGAAUGUGAAGAAAGACAAGAGAAGACCUGCAAGGGAGUGGUGGAAGGAGGAGUACUGUGAAGAGCUGGAGAGGAAGAAAAAGAAGAAGAAGAAAAAACAAGUUCAAGGGUCAGUUAGUGAUGAUUGUCAUAGUGAAAGUUGGUGGCCAAGGGAUGAUGAACUGUAUGCUGAUAGAAAGAAGAAACGAAGCAGGAGCAGGAGCAGGGGUAGUAGGGGUAGCAUGGACUGGUGGUUGGAUGGUUUCAGUGGUGAGCUUUGGAAAGCACGGAAAAAUAGUUAUGAUUCAGUUAGUGGGGAGAUACCAAGAAGUGGAGGUAUCAGUAGCACACCAAGUAUGAGAGGAACUGUUUGCUACAUUGCACCAGAGUACGGGGGUGGUGGUGAUGUAUCUGAGAAAUGUGACGUCUAUAGCUUUGGGGUUCUGCUAUUAGUUCUUGUUGCAGGACGGAGGCCACUUCAGGUGACAGGUUCACCCAUGUCAGAGUUCCAACGAGCCAAUCUCCUAUCAUGGGCUCGGCAUCUUGCCCGUGCUGGGAAGCUUCUUGAUUUGGUGGAUCAGAACAUUCAAUCUUUAAAUAAAGAGCAAGCACUGCUAUGUAUCACAGUGGCACUGCUUUGCCUGCAGAAAUCACCUUGCCGCCGACCUUCAAUGAAAGAGGUGGUGGGUAUGCUGUCGGGAGAUUUAGCAUCUCCCCAGCUACCAGUUGAAUUUUCACCUUCCCCUCCUUCUCGCUUCCCAUUUAAGUCUCACAAGAAGGUCCGGUGAGUUUCAGUUUAUCGCCUACUCGUCCAUGAAGAAAUUGGAACUUGUUGUAGACCAUUGCUUACCUUUGUGAAACAAUUUAUGUAAAGAAAGAGAAUUAUCAAAUUACGAAUGCAUCAAUAGAAUGGAUUUCAGCAAUUUUUUUUUUUA